CUGGAUCCGAACGUGCCGGCCAAGUACCACCCGUUCUACAUCACCGACGAUCCAGUUGGCGGAUACGAGCAUCAACCGGAAGAGGAUCGCAAGAACAUACGCAUCUUUGCCGGUGUCCAUCGUAGUCGCAGCGGGAAGCUGAUGCCGACCGGCGUGGGUCGUCUGUGCAACUGGACCCCCAAUCAGGAUGGCCCACCGGCGGACGAGUACCCGUCGUUUGGAGCUUAUCAGCGCAGUCUAACGCUAAAGUGUGACAGUGGUGAACCGGGCAUCAUCACCUGGACGCCGGAUGCGGACACACCGGAUACGGUGUACUAUCAGUGCUACAGUCACCGUUACCUGGGCUGGCGCAUUAACGUGCUCGAUUCGUGCGACGUUGCGCAGCCGAGUGAGAUUGACGAGGUGUACGCCGAGCCGAGCGAGGGUAUCUCGGCGGAGGAAUCGAUCCGGCACGAGUCGAAGGUUCUGCCGGCCGACAACUUCCUGCAGCAGCACGAGAACUUUCUGCAAAAGCACGAGAUGGAUUUGAUCAAGCACCACAAGAUGAACCCGGACACGAAACCGGACCAGUACGACAUUAAUCUGGAGGAGCACCCGGAAAUGACGCGCAUCAUCGAGGACGGUAUCCGGGCGGCGGAAGAGCUGGAGGAGAAGCUAAAGGCCAACCAGACGAUCGCCGGUAACCAGACGGUGGUGGUGGUCCAUGGUGUGCACGGGCCACACGGCCCUCCUGGUCCACCGGGACCACCGGGUCCCGGUGGUCACCGAUUCCCAGGACCUGGACCGUACCCGGGAUCGGUGAAACCGAUCCUGUCGUCUUCCGGACUGCCGGUCUAUCUGCGCCCCCCGAAUAGUGGGCCUAUGUUCCGACCCGUGAAGCUUCCCGUACGCCGACCGAUCGGCAUGGAGCGACGCCCGGUGCAGGGUGGUGGUCGCCCAACGCGUCCCUUUGUCAUUCCGCAGCCCUCGAUGAUCGUGAACCACUACCAGAAGCCGGUGGCUCCGUUGAUGCGUCCGUUUGUCACCAAGAAAAAAAUGCCGAUUAAGGCGAUUGCUCCGAUACUGCUGCUGGGUGAACCGUCCGAGAUAAAGGCUCCGUAUCGGAAGCCGACGGUAGAAAUGCUAGUCGGUAAGCCACCGAAACCGAUCGGCCAUGGCGGCGGGCUUCAGGGAUCUUCACCGGCAGGGCCCCCGUUCACCAUGCCCGACAUGCCGCCCCACCUGAUGACGGUGAACCUGAAGAAGAACGAACCGGUGCCGAUCACACUUCCGAUACGGCACACCGGUAAGCCGGUGAAGGACUCGCUGAAACCGAACAUCAAGCCGAUCUUCAAGAUUCCGUUCUCCGAUGUGCCCGAGCAGAAGGUAUCGUACGACGGCUUGGCCGCCAACCAUGGAUUUAUGCCGAGCUCGGUGGUGGUUGAGAGCGGCUUCAAGCCGAUCUACCGCCGGAAGGAUGACUAUGAUGCCGAGUUCGAGGACAAUCGGGCGCACGGAUUCCUGCGGCGUCAGGAUGAUGAUAUUGAUGAGGCGAUCGAAAGCGACGCCCUGAUGAUUCACGAUCAGGACGAACCGGUCAAGCAGACGUUCGAGCCGAUGUUCAUACCGUCGCCACUGGACAGUAUGGCAAUGGCGCACGUGAAGCCAGCCGGAACGGGUACCACCGGGAGUACACGGCGCAACGUGGAGAUCCUGCCAGACGAAACGGCCGACGUGGUGGAUGAUCGAGACACACUGGCGGCUGCCAAUGAGCGAGUGGACCCAUACUACCUGCCCCCAAUCGGAACCGAUGGAUCGGUGGUGUCCUUUGAUGGAAAGGCCGUGCUCGAUGUCUCGCUGCUGAACGGUCCUUCCGAAUCGUCCCACACCGAACCCUUGCCACCGUCUGGCGGUUCCAAGACGGAGCAACUGGUUCGUGAGGUUCCCCAGUUCGGACCAUUCCGUGGGGAGGUUCCACCGAUAGCGGACUACCUUGCGCCGGACACGGUCGCCAUCUACGGAACGCGUGGUGUGGCCGCUGUUCCGGCCCCGGUUUCCGAGUACGCGAAUCCACUGCUACCGGGUGGUAUCAGUCCGCUGGACGGGAUGGCGAGUAGUGGCGAACAGCAACAGCAAGCGGCCGAUAAGCCGAUCUCGACCAAGCUGUCCAUCGUGAAGCCGAGCAAUCGAGAUGACAGCUCGGAGGAGGGGCGCAACGCCCGUAGCAAACGAUCACCGCACCACCACCCGGACCAUCACGGAGACAGCCACGAUGACGGCUGGCAGCCUCCGAUGGUCCCAGCCAGUGGCGCCAGCUGCAGGGCGAUGCUCGCCGGUGCUCUGCUGGCCGUCGUUCCUGCGCUUCUGGUUCGGUGAACGCCACUGAACGGUUCCCGUCAUCGGGGCGGUAGGCAGUAUUAGCGGUACGAUUACUUUAGGCUUAUAAUUUUAUUUAAAACAACCCACACAGAU